AUGCAUCUCUCAAUCGCUCUUAUGACGGCCCUGGCGGCCAAGCUCGGUGCCGCCCUGGUCGGUGUCGACUGGAACUUUCCCAGCUCCGACGAUGGCGUCGGCCUCAACGACGUCACCUUCGGGUUCGACGUGACCAACGCGCCACACACCACCGGCUUCUACUUUGCGCAGCAGUUCUACUUCAACGGCGUCGACGGCGGUGCCUACACCGGCUUGCAGCCGCGGCCCGACAACGACAAUGGCAGCGUCAUCCACGCCGCCUUCUCCAGCUUCGUCAGCGGCACCACCUCCACGUCGUCCCUGUGCAGCGACGGCGCCGACGGCGGCGACGGCGUCAGCUGCUCGACCGAGUUCAACGGCAACUACUCCCACGCAUACAACUGCGUCGUCGAGACCACUGACGGCGGUUCGACCUGGCGCGGCACCGUUGUCGACACCGUCACGGGAGACGCGCACCCGGUUGGCGAGUGGAAGCUUCCCAAGCAGGCCGCCGGCCUUCAGUCGUGGGGUCUCGGCUUCGUGGAAUACUACAUCUACCCUCGCGGGUCGGACGGAAAUGUCAUCUGCGAGGACCUGCCCCUGACGGAGGUGACUUUCUUCUCGCCGUCGAGCAACACCAAGGGCGCGAACCAGGGAUCGGUUGCUAAGCCGUACGAGUACGGUGACUGCGUCGGCAAGUCUGCGUUUUCGACCACCCAAGUUACCGGCGGUUACGACGUCAAGGUCGGCUUUAGCAGCAGUGGAUCUGGUGAAUCUAGCAAAGACUAUUGCUAG